UAGUACAAUUUCAGAACCCCAUUCCAGUAAACCUGCAAGCCAGGGCAAUGGGAUUAUCCAUCUUCUUUACAUUGACCCUCCUUGAGGUGUGUGCCGGCAAUCCGCAUCAGAUUCUCCCAGGAAACGACCCAGGGUCAGGUGCUGCAGAUGUCACCAAAGAUGUGUUCAGUAACAUCUUAACUUCAAAUCAAGACACCUCUCGUUUCAUGAUACAAGGAGACAUUGCUGUGAAAAGAAAUCGGAAUGCCCUGAUUUGUCCAGGAAAAUCGUGUCUGUGGCCGAAAUCUGUGAACGGAUUGGUCCAUGUCCCGUACACCCUAUCUAAUAAUUACACUUCCGAUGAGAAGUACAUCAUUCAAGCAGCUAUGGAUGAGUUGAUGGUUCUAACAUGUAUACAUUUUGUUGUUCGUACCACCGAACGCAACUACCUGAGGAUCCAUCCCAAUGAUGGAUGCUGGUCUUAUAUCGGUCGGGUGGGAGCUGCACAAGAUGUUUCCCUAAUGAAGGCAAGAUGUCUCCAUCGAGGGAUCAUACAGCAUGAACUGAUGCACUCACUGGGAUUCCAACAUGAGCAAUGUCGCAGUGACAGAGACAAGUAUAUUCGCAUUAACUGGGGGAACAUCAGCCAAGAUAAAGAGCGUAAUUUCUACAAAUUAAGCACUCCGAAUCUAGGAACGCCGUAUGAUUACCAGUCUGUCCUACACUACGGCAAGUAUGCUUUCGCUAAUGACGUUUUUAAACCGACGUUGGAACCCACUGUAAAUCCUGAUGCUACAAUUGGUCAACGUAUCGGUCUGAGUUCCCUCGAUGUGGUGAAGAUAAACAAACUGUAUAAGUGCAGUGUGUGCACAUAUCUAUUGCCGGAUCCUCGUGGUGAAUUUUCAUGGAGGUCCAGUCAGUACCCCAAUAUCUCCACCUGUGUGUGGUUGAUUCGAGUGCCGGAGGACAAGGUGUUCCUGCAAUUUGAUACUUUCAGUAUCAAGUCUUCUCCUGCCUGUGUUCAUGGUUAUGUUACUGUCUAUGAUGGUCCAACUAGAGAGUCGCCUCUUCUGUCUCCAAAGACCUGUGGAAACACGCAGCCACUUGUGCUGAUGGCGUCCAGCAAUAUAAUGCGAAUUGAGUUGGCAAGUACUGGGACAGAAGUCAACUUUAAAGCUACUUAUAGUUCUGCAAAAUGUGGUGGCUACUUAACAAAGGCGGCAGGUAACUUUUCAAGUCCAGACUUCCCUUCAAAGUACCCCAACUCCAUGGACUGUUUUUGGAUCAUUUUGGCCACCCCUGGGAAUAAGAUAACAAUUCACAUUGCUCCUUUCAACAUGGAAUUCUCAGUGCGCUGCUCAUAUGACUAUUUACUCAUCCGAGAUGGAUGGAAACAGAAGAAGCGAUGUGGUCUUAUUCCCAAGCUGCAUUUUACGUCUUCCAGCCAGUCUCUGGUCGUCCACUUCCACAGUGAUGCGUCGGUGCAGGCAGAAGGCUUCCACGCCAGUUAUGUCUUCACUGGUACAACACUGAACAAACCAUUCUUUUAUGUGUGAUUUCCAGCCCC